GUGUGUGUGUGUGUGUGACAGAGAGCAUCAUACUUAUAAAGGCUGAUGGAGAAGCUCAAUCACACUCACACAGAGUCUGAUCAUGAUCCUCCUCAUUCUGCUUCUCGCCGCCGCCGAGAGUGGUCACACUCAAAGUGUUCGAGGUCAGGAGAUAAAUGGAGCCUGUGUGUGUGAGGUCAACAGCACGGUCUGGGCUUUUCCUGCCGCCAAAUACGACGCUGUGGAAGAACUGGUGAAAAACUGCCAAGACUCACUGGGAAAACUCCAAACACAGACGGUGACGAGUGAGAAGACGGUUCCUCAGAUUAAUGCCACAAUGAAUAAUGUGACACGGCGGCUGGAAAGGUUCCAGUACCUGAACAGACAGGGCCUGUACAACGUGUUACACCUGAAGCAGCUCAGCCAAGAGAUCCAGCAGCUACAUGACACCAUGAAUACUGAAGAUCUCGACAGAGACGGAGAGGAAGCACAGAAGAUACGCACAGAGUUGCAGAAGUUUCAGGAACAUGUGGAUAAGAUGUACAAUAAAAACAUCUUUAACCUAGAAACAAUGAAGGAGAAGCUGCGCUAUCUCAGUAACCGCAUCCAGACCUGCAGGACCAUCCCACAAGACUUCAGGAGCUCUUGUUCUCGGCGAAUAAUGACAAAUAUCAGUGCGCCAGUGGUGACUAAGUUGAACCCGUUCAGUACGGCCUACAUCGCUGGAGCAUGGGGUCAUGAUAUCGAUGCUGAUGGUGAAGAGACUUACUGGAUCCAGCCUCUGGCUAAUGGGAACAGGUUGGGCAUCACUGUGCGCUUCUAUCAGACUUAUGAAGACUUCAUGGCUGCAAGAAACCACAGAGAUGAAACACUGGUGGGCUCGUACACUCACGCUAAUGCAAUUCAGGGACCAGGGACCAUCUUUCACAAGGGUGUUGUGUAUUAUCAGUGCUAUAACGUGCCCGAACUCUGUGCUUAUGACGUGAAAACCAAGCAAGUCAGACGUCUUGGGCUUCCCGGUGCUGGAUUCAAUAACAAAUUCCCCUACUGCUAUUACAGCUGCUUCGACUGGACGGACAUCAACCUCUCAGCUGAUGACAAGGGCCUGUGGGUAAUGUACGCCACGGAAGCUGAUCACGGAAACAUGGUCGUGAGUCGAGUGGACACGGAAAACUUUAACGUGACACACACGUGGAAGACUCGCUUGUUCAAGCGCUCGGUGACCAACGCCUUCAUGGUGUGUGGGGUGCUUUAUGCAACUCGCUACAUAAACACUUACAAAGAGGAAGUGUUCUACGCCUUCGACACAACCACAGGGAUGGAGGACAACACGCUCUCCAUCCCUAUGGAGAAGGUGGCAGCCGGCGUCGCCAACCUUCACUACAACCCCACAGACAUGAGGCUCUACAUGUACAAUGGUGGCUACAUGCUCGCCUACCAAGCUUACUUCUGAAAAGUUUGAUUAGAACGUGCAAUAAAUUCACUGUAUGGUCUUCAGGAACACCACAUGAUUUUUAGUAUAGAAACUUCAUUCUAUGAUAUAAAAGCACUGCAAUGGCUAACUGUAACUACUUUACAUUUACAAAGUACUUUUUUUGUCUAAUUUUCACAGCUUGAUGAAAAUUAUAAUCUAUAUACAACAGCUGUAAUGUUAGGAUAUUCCUGGCUGUCAAAAAUAAAUAAAGGCAAAGAAACUAAAUAAAAGUAUUUUUUUAGUUUCAACGGCA